CCCUGCCUGUGAAGUCACUGGUGCCAUAGCAGCCUGCAACCUUUAACCUACUGAAGUAUCCUCCCGAUCCUCGCUCGCAUCCAUCCGCAGAGCUCGGCGAUUCCGUGCCUCUGGCUCCUUCCAGAACUUGAAGAAAAGGUUUACGGUGGCCUUGGUAGCAGAAUCAAGGGCAUCUUCAUUGUACUUUGUACGGCUGGGCAACGUCUGCACUAUUUUUGAAGACUGCAGCAUUCUCAGUCAUGUACAUUCUCCUUCUCGCUCUGCUACCGAUAGUGGCCGUGGUGGUGUACUUCCGCUCACGGGAGCGCAAUGUCAUCAGCAAUACCACGGACAAGUAUGUGUUCAUCACGGGGUGCGACACGGGCUUUGGAGAGUUACUGGCCAAGCGCCUGGAUGUGCGCGGGUUUCACGUGAUCGCCGCAUGCUUUACGGAAGAGGGGCAGAACGCCAUCAAGGCGGAAACCUCUCAGCGACUAAAAACGGUCAGCCUGGACGUGACAAAUAACGAGAGCGUGAAGCGAGCUGCCGAGGCCGUGCAAGAGAUUGUCGGCGACAAGGGACUCUGGGGCCUGGUGAACAACGCAGGUGUGUGCCUUCCCGUCGGCCCCGUGGACUGGCUGACGAUAGAACAUUUCCGCCCGUGCAUGGAAGUGAACGCAAUGGGCUUGGUGGCUGUGACGCUUGCUUGCCUACCCAUGCUCAAGCGUGGCCGUGGCAGGGUUGUGAAUAUAGCCAGUGUGCUGGGCCGCCUGGCUAUGGGCGGAGGAAGCUACAGCUUGUCCAAAUUCUGCGUGGAGGCCUUCUCCGACAUACUGCGGAGAGAUGUCCAAGUGUUCGGUAUUAAGGUCGUCAUUAUCGAGCCAGGCUUCUUCAAAACAAACCUCACCGAUGACAAGAAAUUUACAAAGUGCUUGCGUGACAUUUGGGCAACACUUCCCAAAGACACCAGGCACCAGUAUGGGGAGGACUUCAUUGAUAAAGUGACGGAGGCCAACACGAAGAACUUAGGAAAGCUUGUGGACGCAGACAUUUCCAAAGUUCCCAUCGCCGUGGAGCGUGCACUCACAUCGGCGCGCCCCUUCACCCGCUACUCCGUCGGAUGGGAUGCCACCCUCUUCUGGUUGCCAUUAUCGUAUGCACCCACAUUCGUGAUUGAUUACCUUCUCACACGAGAAUACAUAAAACCUGCCAACGUUUAGACUAACUUAGGCCAAGGAUCGAUGUAUUCCUAAUUCCAAUACCGUUGACUAAUUGUUUUUUUCUUUUUAAUAAUUGUAACUUUUCCUAAAUAUAUCCCAAUUGUGCUUUCGGCUACCAUGGCAUUCAAUGAAGUAUCCAUUUGGAACUCUACCAGGGCAACUCGGCCAGCCGUGUUAGAGAAUGGACCACAGAAGCGAAUAUUACAGAGCUGCCUCUGCUUUCCUUUUAAAGUGACCUCUUGGUCCACACAUGGUAGAGGGGAGCACUUUCCCACCCGCUCUGCAUAAGAGAGUAACGUGCGUGGCAUGACAGUAAAACUGAUAAUUUCAUUCUGAGUGCUGCAAUUCAGUCAAAUUUAAGUGUAGAAACAAAUUUGUUGUGAUGUAUUUUUGUGCAGCCCUUUGGUGACUGGGCUGAGAUCAUAAACUCCACACCCCUGAAAACCUGGAGACCAAAAUAUAACAAGAUAAUUGCUUUUUUACCCUUCUAUCUGGCAACAAAACUGACACCUUUUUUACAAGGAGUUAUGUUUGCAUAGACCACAAUACCUGCAGUCAUAAUGCAAACAAAAAACAUAACUCUGAUAAUGUAUGCACUGUCCUUGAAGUUGAUUGGUCCACACCCGAGACCGCUUUCCUUAGAGUCUAGUCUCACAUGGUGUUGGACCAGAUGACGCCAAAAGGUGAAAAUAUACUUUUAAAUAAUUCAAAAACAAAUUCGUGGUGAUGGGUUUAUUUACUCCAUGACAUUUCCUUGAUUUGUUGACACGGGGACAAAAGUAAUCCCGUAGCAUAUUGGCCAUUCUUUAAUUACCAACACAGGUAUGGUUGAACGAUGAAAGCCUCCUCCACGAUGCCCAGAGGUUGUCUAACUUUCCUUCACCACGCCAGUCAGUGCAAGUUAGGGCUGUCCAGGGAGGGGAGCACAAAUGGGGCAUUCUGGCCAGGGCCUCGAACAAAAGAGAGGACCCGACAAUGGGACUUUACAUUCUAGAUUUGAAGCUUUCGUAACUGCAAGAAUUCAUACUCUUAUGUUUUUUCGGUAAAGUCACGUAGGUAAAAAAAAAUAGAAAUAAUAAUAGAAAUAAAAUAAUAAAUCAUGACGUUUCGGAGGCAACACAAGUCUCCGUCAUCAGGUGGGACCGUCACAGCUAGAUUUACUGUUCUCAAGUGAGACAGUACAUCUAGCUGUGACGGUCCCACCUGAUGUAUCUAUUAUUAUUAUUUAACCUACGUUACUUUACCGAAAAAACCUAAGAGUAUGGGCCUUUCCAGUUGAAUAACGGGGCCCUAUGUGGAAAUUCUUCCCUGGGGCCUCCAGGAAUUUUGUAAUGGGGAUGCCCAGGAUCAAUUUAGCCCUACGCUUGCCACGGAUGUUAACUGUGGCCAGGAAUGAAAUCAAACUCUUGAGUUGCCAGAUUUCUGAGCGCCGUGCGCUAUAACCGCAGCAGCAGCAGCGCCGCUCCACCCCCGUACAGAUACGUUGUAUAAAGCUGUUGAUGGUCAUUUGUCACCUGGAAAUUCUUUAUUUGUUACGGUUUUUUAAGGGCUUAAUUUUUGUUUAAAAGUCUAAAUGUGAAAUAGGAAUUUCAGCCACCAUGUUGACAUUUUUAAACAAACAAUUUCAGUUUUUGCCAUGUAAGCAAAAUAUCACUUCACACUACUUUGUAUGCCACUGCAAACAUAUGCAUAUAUACAUUGAAAUAUUCUUAUAUUACUCCAAAUAAAGUUUGAAAUGAAGUUUCCG